CUCCUUCCUCUGGCCCUCUGCCUCGUCGGUAGUUGGCUGCUGUACCCCUCGGCCCCUCCCUCCCUCUGCCGAGCGAUCCAGUCCCCUCGCUCCUGGAUGUUCUUCCUCCUCGGCCGAGCGCCGCCACCCAUCACGCUGCCGAGCGCCCAUCGUCUUCCUCCUCGCGCGAGCGCCUCCACCGCAGGGUUCAUUUGUGGGCUCUUCUGUGACCAAAAGCUAAGCUUCUGCCUCUGAUCAGUGAUGUCGAUGCAAAUGGAUGCUGAUGUCCAACCAAUUGGAGAGCAGGAAGAGAUGGAUAAUCUGGAAAAAUAUGCAUCUGCUAUUGAAGUUUGCGGCAUUUGUAGAGAUAUUGUCAUCAAUAGAGGAGUUUUGGAUUGUUGCCAACACUGGUUUUGCUAUACAUGCAUAGACAACUGGGCUGCCAUCACAAAUCGCUGCCCUCUCUGCAAAUGUGAAUUUCAACAUAUAACAUCAACUCCAGUAUAUGAUGACACUGGAGCUAGUACUGAAGACGAAUACCCUUUAACCAGUGGUGAUGAUGAUUGGUAUUCGCAAGGGGAAAACAGCACACUUUCUUUCCCAUCAUUUUAUAUUGAUGCAGAAGCCGUAGUUUGUUUGGAUGGUGGUGAUUGCAUGAUUCGGAGUGGAAUUGUGGCACCUGAGGAUGAUUUGACUUUAGAUACAUCGAUUGCUUGUGAUUCCUGUGAUCUAUGGUAUCAUGCUAUAUGUGUGGGUUUUAAUCCAGAAAUGACAUCUGAAGAUUCAUGGUUGUGCCCAAGGUGUGUAUCUACUGAAGUAAAAAACAAGUCAGAUGUUAUCUUGAAGCAAAACUUCAGUGGGGAUUGCGUAACUGAUUCUGAUAGGACAACUGCUGAUGCAUCAUUUUCUGAAAGAGUGUCAGUAUCUGUUGCCGAUGACGGUGAAACUGCCAUUGUUGUCUCAAUGGUUGGUGUAAAUUCUCGUUUUUCAGAAGGUUCACUAGGCUCAGAGACAGGGCAAGCGUACAGCAAUUCAUAUCCAAGUUAUUCCAAAGAUGAUUCAUCACAUGAUGCUGUUGCAAACGCACAUAUCCUGAGGGACAAAGAUAAUUCCUGUGGAUCACCUAAUAAAUCUUCAGGAAUUAAUCUUGUUCACAUGGUUUCUUCUGAGCCAACACAAAGGUCAUCAGAACUUUCACCAAUACGUGAGUCAGCAACUACCUUAUUUAGCUCAGAGCAUGGUAACAUUUCAAAUGAACAAUUGGAAGAACCACAAGAUGUGUCAUCUUAUUUCUUAUUACAUAGAAGUAAGGAGGCUGGAAAUACAGGAGAGGAGAAUGCGGUCCCUAGAAACAAUAAUGAAACAUUUCCUGCCAUCAAAUCUCCACAACUUUUUUCAGCAGCUAGUAAGACGGCAAUAUCGAGUGACAUUAAUAUGACCAACACAGAUGCAGUUCAGCAGAUGAAAAGUGAUGACGACACGCAGUUGCCACCCAUGCAGGGUGAACAUAAUACUAAUGACAUGGAAUCAGGAAAUGAAACUGGCCAUCCUGCGAAGAAAGCAAAAUUGGGAGUACCAGAUCACGAAAUGCAUCUCAUUACAAACUCUGGUGUUUCUUCAACUGACUGUCAUACUACUAUUGCAGCCAAAGUUGUUGUCAGUGAUACGGCAAAAAUUGUCGAACAGAAUAAACAUGUUCCUGAUAUAAUGAGUAUAGUUGAAGGAGAGGGCUAUAUGAGAGAUCCUGGCAGGGAGCUGGCAAAGCCUGUAGGAAGAAGAUCAGGAGAUAAGCCUGGUCUUCGAAUGAAGAAGAUUUUCCACAAGGAAGGAAAACAAUCAUCUGUCGUAGUUCAAAAGUUACAACAAGAGAUAAGGGAUGUAGUUAGAGAUAAUGGUGUUAGUAUACUCGAGAAGGAUAACGCUUUUGAUGAAAAACUUUUGACUGCAUUCCGUGCAGCAAUUGGGAAGUCAAUGGAUGGACCAGCCAAAAGAACUAACCUCUCACUAAGUACAAGGAAGUCAUUGCUUCAAAAGGGCAAGAUACGUGAGAAUCUGACCAAAAAGUUGUACGGAACAUCCACAGGAAGGAGACGAAGUGCAUGGCACCGUGAUUGGGAAGUUGACUUCUGGAAACAUCGUUGCUCCCCAGGGAUAAAUCCUGAAAAGAUCGAGACACUGCAAUCAGUACUUCAGCUACUCAAGAAAUCCUCAGACACUGGCAUGCGCAAAGAAAGUGCUGAAGAGAAAAAGGCCUUCUUGUCGAGGUUAUAUUUGGCUGAUGCAUCAGUUGUUCCCAGAAAGGAUGAUAUAAAACCUCUCUCUGCCCUCAAAGGAUUCCCACUAGUAGAUAAAAAUAGCCAAAUUAAAGCUAAGGAUAGCAAAUCAACUAGCAUACCUGCACCAGGGACUGAGACAAGCAAAACCAAUUCGCCCAACAGCAUAUCGAGUUCUUCGAGUCUGAAUAAAGAAGCAUCAAGCAGAAGAGAAAACAUAAAUGGUCAGCCACCACUGAAUCAACAAAAUCAAUCUGAUGGUGAUAUCAAGCAUGACAAAAGAAAAUGGGCUCUUGAGGUUCUAGCAAGAAAAAAUGCCAGCUCUCUUGCAAGCAAGGAUAAAAAUGAAGGCACUGAUGAUCUCAAUGGGAACUACCCUCUAUUAGCCAAACUUCCUGUGGAUAUGAGGCCGCAGCUCACAACUGACCGCCAUAAUAAAGUUCCCAUGUCUGUUAGGCAGGCACAACUUUAUCGCAUCGCUGAGCACUAUCUGCAGAAAGCAAAUUUGGAUGUCAUUCGCAGAUGUGCAGAUACUGAAUUGGCUAUUGCUGAUGCUGUCAAUGUAGAAAAGGAUAUUUACGGGAAGUCCAGUAGCAAGUCAGUUUAUGUGAAUCUUUGCUCCCAGGCUACUCGCCAGCCUGCCAAGGCAAAAUCUGAGAAUAAUGCUUCAACUCUAGGCGAAAAGACUGAAUUAGGCAGUGAUUUGAUAAUGCAGCAGGUUAGAACUGAAAAUACCAACACUAGUAGCAGUGAUGUGGAAGAAGCUAUAAGCAGUGCGUGCCUUUUGGAUCUUCCUGUUACCACACGAAAAACUGAAAAGGGUGAACUAGGUGGUGUGCCCGAGCAAAAUGCAAAUGAACAUGUUGUUAGUUUCAACAGUGUGGAAGAAGCACUAAAAAGGGCAGGCCUCUUUGAUUCCCCUCCUAAUAGUCCCGAGAGAAAAACUACCACAACUGAAUAUAAUCCCAGUACAGUUUCCAGUUUUCCAAAAAUUUCACAACAAAAAUGUGCUAGUGUAAAGGAUACUUCGUUGGUGAAUGCAGGAGAACACUGCCAUAGUUUGCCGUCAACUUCUGAUUCUAGGAUGAGGGAUGCAUCCACACUUAAAGAUGACGUUGAUUUAUCCGUACAAGUUGAUCUUGCUGAUGCAAAUAGUCAAAUCCUCUAUACGGGAAUGUCUUGUGAGCAACCAAAAUGUAAUUCAGAGGAGGAUCAGAAAUUGGUACACAACAAUAAAACUACAGAUUCAACAGAAAAUAAAACGUUCUCAGUGAACUUGACCGAAGAUGACAGAUAUUCUGUGCAAUGCAAAAAUACAGGUGGGGCCGAUAAGGAAAUUGUAGUUGACACGCCUGAUGAAGUUACUUGGCAUGUGGGGGACACAAAAGAAAUGGACAUAGCAGCAAGCGUUGUGCACAAUCAAUCUUGUCAUGGGAAUACUUUGUUGAAAGAAGGUGAAGUAACCAGCAAACCAAAAAAAAUGGAGUCCACUAGAGAGAAAUCUUCCAGUGACAAUCAUGGGUUGAGCAGCAAACAUUCUAAAGGAGACAGUUUGUCCCCCCAUCCAGCAGCAAGGGCAGACAAUUUAAAGAAAGAUCCAGGCAACAACAACACAUCAGAUUCAUCCAGUUCUGUAUACAAGAAGGUUGAAGUGUUUGUGAAAGAGAACAUCAGGCCACUUUGCAAGAGUGGUGUAAUAACCACCGAGCAAUACAGGUGGGCUGUCGCCAAAACAGCAGAAAAGGUUAUGAAGCACCACUCUGAGGCUAAAAAUGCAAACUUUCUGAUCAAGGAGGGGGACAAGGUGAAAAGGCUUGCUCUGCAGUAUGUUGAGGCAGCUCAGCAAAAGAUUAAUUGACUCGGAAGAAGUCUGGUCAUCGUUGGAAUGCUGAUGCAAUAUAUACGCCAGGUGUGCUGGCUCUAUGGUCAUGCUGACCAUUCCUGGCAGGUCUAAGUUUUUUCUCAAAAGAGCUUUUAUUUCAGAACUUUGGUCCUGAAUGUGGGUUUUUGCGAAGUACGCUGCCACUUCAUGACGGUCCAAAAGUCCAACAAUUUUCAUCCUUGAGUUUACGUAUAUGAUUGGGAAGGAGACAAAUUUUCAUCCUUGAGUAGUAUGCUUUUUUUUUGUAAACUUCCUGCAUAUAUUAAUUCAUGGUAAGAUCAAACGAUCUUACAGCAAA